GUGGACCCCUCGCGCCAUGGCGUGAGCGUGAGAGAACUGGAUUUGCGUCAAAGACGUAUAGCAUGCAGAAAGCGACGAUGCAUCUGCCCUCAACAGCCGAGAGCGCAGCGCAUCAUCUCACAGUAUUUUUUUCAACGGGUGCAAGUGUGCAGCUCUUAUCUUUAGCAGUGAGCAACGGCAGGAAGGGCUGAAGCUUCCACCCACCGUCGCCGUGCUCUGCGUCGGCUCCCACCGCCUCGCCGCGCGGACGCCCCUGGCGCUGCCCGUCCCGACCGCGUCUCUCCUCCGGCGCAACACCCGGCGACCACCACGCUGACGCGGACAAUACAGCGGCGACGCCGGUGCAUGCUCUGCGUCCCGCCGUGCGGCGUCUCGCGCUCCGUGGUUGCAGCGCCACCCGGGCUCACCUGGGUACCGCGAGUGGCACUGCCCACACGGCGCGGGGCAGAGGCCGCGACGCCUGGCGCCGCCGGCCGGGUGCCACCGUGCCCGGGCUCUCAGCGUCUAUCAGAGCCCUCUGGCGUGUGGCAGCAAGCAAGGGCGCUCUCAGGCGGGUGGCUGCCCGCCGUUGACCGCGACGACGGGUGGUCGGUAUUUCGUUUACCGUCCACAUCGUGGACACGUUGGAUCCUCAUCUCGCUGUCGCGACUCAGCAAAGAGACCCCGUACAAACGUCACAUCGUGGACCCGUUGGAUCCUCAUCGCGGUCGCGACUCAGCAAAGAGACCCCGUGCAAACGCCACGGAAUUGGCCGGCGCCACGCCGUGGCGGGAAGCCGCCGCGCCGCGCAGUGAAAAGAAUCGACCGGAAACUUGAGGGGGCGACGAUGAAGGUAAUCCCGAACGCGGGGCACCUGCCGCAGCAGGAGGACCCCGAGCUCUUCAACCGCGUCCUCCUGACUUCCUGCUGCAGCCUUCCACCUCCGGCGGCGGCGCCGCCGCGAAAUAGCUAGCUUUGGUUCGAUACGGCCGGGCGCAAUGGAGUUCUUAGUUUCUCUCCCGUGUGUUCUUCGCACGAGCUUGGACACUGCAUACAAUCGAAUUGAUUCCAUGCUCCAUGUGGUUCUGAAAACGCCUACGUAGAGACCGGAAUGUUGUUAUUCCGUUAUUAAACAAAAAUAAUUAGUGUUCUGAAAAAAUAUAUACAUAGAGAAAUCUAUAUUGUUGUAGCAACUAAAGGUGUAAGGAUGGAAUGUUUUUGCUUCAAGCACUCGCGUCCUUAAUCAACUCGAGUUUUGUACAGUUCUGUUUUGACUUUAGACCAUCGGUGCAAUGUAGGAGAAAUUACUGGCCGGUGGACA